ACUCCUCACAAAAGCAAGAAUUCAGCAAAUACAGAAGCAAAAGAUCAUAACCACAAAUAAGGAUGAAAGGGGUUCCUAAUCACCUUGUAGCUUUGGCACUCGUGGCUUUGGCAUGCUCCCUUGCCUCUGCCUAUGACCCUGCUCCUCUGCAAGACUUUUGCGUCGCAGUUAACACUUCCACCGAUGCUGUAUUUGUGAAUGGAAAGUUCUGCAAGGACCCAAAGCUUGCCAAUGCCAAUGAUUUCUUUUUCUUGGGGCUAAACACUCCUAGGAGCACUGCAAAUCAACUCGGGUCGAAUGUCACUCUUUUGACUGUGGACAAAAUAUUUGGCCUCAAUACACUAGGUGUAUCCUUAGCUCGCUUAGACUUUGCACCGUAUGGCCUAAUUCCACCCCACAUUCAUCCUCGUGCUAGCGAGAUUUUAGUAGUCUUAGAGGGUAGUUUGUACGUUGGCUUCAUCACAUCCAACCCAGAUAACCGCCUCAUCACCAAAACUCUACACGCGGGAGAUGUCUUCGCUUUCCCAAUUGGUCUCAUUCACUUCGAAUUUAAUGUAGGAAAUACCAAUGCUGUUGCUUUUGCCUUUCUCGGCAGCCAGAAUCCUGGGCUCAUCACUAUAGCAGAUAAUGUGUUUGGAUCCAAUCCUCCUAUCAAUCCGGAUGUUCUCAUUAAGGCCUUCCAAUUGGACAAGAAUGUAGUUGAGUAUCUUCAGAAACAGUUCAGUUAGAAAAUGACUGUAUGUAAUAGCCACAAUGAACCGUUAGAUGGUUUGAAUAAAGUUUGCCAUAUUUCCAUUCUUGUAAUGUCAUAGCAGUAUUCAAUUAUAUUGAAAUACAAUGGUUACUUAUUUA